UCGUCAAAAAUUAUUUACAGAUUUGACGUGUUCCGUGUAUUGUACGCUGCGUGCAUUGUUUUUCUCGAUUAAUUACUUGCUUUAAAUUUAAAACUAAAGCAUAAUUUCAAUACAUUCAGUUGUAACGUUUUUAACCGUGUAAGCAACAAUAAUAUUCAUCGAUAAUCAAAUAAGUGUAUCGUUUUGUGUGUGAAAGUUAAUUUAUCGGGUCGUUUUAUCCUUUGUUUCUGCUAAUCCACCGACGUAGUAUAGUUGAAGAAUAAUCAAGAUGCCUAUAUUGUUUAGUGUCGUUGCCCGAGGUACAGUGCUUCUAGCUAAAUAUGCGUCGUGUGCUGGAAAUUUCACAGAAGUUACGGAACAACUUCUAUCGAAGAUACCUCCACAUGAUGAUAAGUUGACAUACUCUCACGGAAAUUUUCUGUUUCAUUACAUUGCGGAAAACAAAUUGGUUUAUUUCUGCAUCACUGAUGAUAAAUUCCAACGUUCGAGAGCAUUCUUAUUCCUAAAUGAGAUCAAGAGGAGAUUUACGACCGCGUUUGGCGACACAGCCCAGACAGCCAUACCUUAUGCCAUGAAUGGUGAAUUUGCCCGAGUGCUAGCAACCGAGAUGAAACACUACAGUGACUCUAAAGACUUAGACACCAUAUCUAGAGUGCACGGAGAGUUGGAUGAACUCAAGAACAUAAUGGUUAAGAAUAUUGAUACUAUGGCGAUGCGCGGGGAGAAAUUAGAAUUACUAGUGAAUAAGGCAGACAAUUUAGCAACCGGUUCCGUCUCCUACCGCAACACAUCGAGAACACUGCAGCGGUCCCUGUUCUGGAAGAAUGUGAAAAUGUAUGUCAUAAUGGGAGGAGUCGCAGCCCUAGCGGUUUACCUGGUCGGAGCAAUGGCUUGCGGUGGCCUCAAGUGGGGCAACUGCGUCUAAUCUACACAUAAACAUGUAUAUACAUUUAUAAUACUAGAACAACACAUCAAUGGUACUACUCGCCAUUCAUAUCUCUAUUUUGUACCUCAUAAGAGCGAUAUUCGAAAUGCAAGUUGUACCAUUGACGUACGACAAUUAAACGUAUCAACAUUAAAAACGACAUUAAAAUAAUUCCGAUACAGUUCUGAAACGUUAUUGUUCUGUGACUAGUGUCGAAUAUUUCCCUUAUCAUAGUUUUAAAUUUUUACCGGGAUAUAUAUAUAAAUAGUGUGGACGUGGUUUUAAGUCAUGGUUUAUUUAUUGUAAAGAACAAGGCUUAAAAUAGCUGCGUCAUUCUUUUUGCCAAAUGUAUCAAUGUAAUUUGUCGACCAACUACAAAAACUGAUAUCUAUCAGUUUUUAUUGCCAUGAAAUCCGUACUAUAUGUCUUAUCAGUAAGGUGACUCUUCUCGUCCUUACUAGAAUAUUUCAUAUUAUAUAAUCGCGUCAGUUAUUUGUAAUCUGAUAUUACACAUGUAUGUCUAAAUUAGAGAUAGUCCAGUAGGUAAACCAUUAUCCAAAUUUAUGGCAGUCACAACCCAUUUAUGGUCAAUUUAAUCUUUGUCUAAAAUGAUUAGAGAUAAACAUUUGAUAAGAACCUUGCAAAUAAAUUAGUUUUCAUGGCAUACAACAAAAUUAAAAAUAAACAAGGUCAUUGUCCGUUUGCGUUAUACCGUGUUUGGCUGCGUCAUUCGAGUUAUUGAUUUUGAAUUCAAUAUUUUUAAUUUAAAUAAUGCGUUUCGAGAAACUGUAAUAAUAUAUUUUUUUAAUAAUAAUUUGGGAGCAAACCAUCAGCUGGAUCUCAUAAGAAUUCUUCUAACCAGCCAGUCUUCUUAAUUCUUCAAAAGGAAUUAAGAAGACUGGCUGGUUAGAAGUUUGUUUGCGCGGGAAGAAAGAUUUACGCCCGAAUACUAAAGGCUACUCGCGCUUAAGUACAUAUGGUUCUGUCACUACCAAUUCUUUGUAAAAAAUGACAGAGAUAACACGUUAUUGAAAUUGAUUUUUUUAAAAACAAGAAAACGAAUGAAAAGAGGCAGAAAGCAAAAUACAUACAGCCGUUUUCUAAUUAAAUUAUUCUGUUUAAUGGUUCCAAAACACAUGCUGUACAUGUACUUAUAAUAUUGUUAAGAUAUGAAAAAAUAUUUUAAAUGCCAUUUUCGGUUAUAACAAUUUUGCCAAACAUCUGUUUAAAUAUAAAUAAUUUAUUAAUAUAUUCAAUGAAUUAUAUUUACAUUGUUAUUCAGCAUUUUUUUUAAGUCUUGUUGCUUGCCCGACUAUAUUUAUGGUUUUAUCUCGUUAACUUGAAGGUCAUAUUUUUUAGGACAUUUCCUGAUUCUUCUGAAAACGUGCUGUGACGGAUAACGCGCUCUCCGAUUUUUUUUUUAUUUUCCGAAUUUAAAAAUUAUUCAGCCUAUUAGGAAGUUAUUUAUAGAACGUAAUUUUAAACCAGUGUUAGAAUUGUUUCCAUGAUCCUUAUAACAUGUCAAGUUGAAAGUAUUUAUUGGGAAAGUUGGUCUUUGCACUGUUGAGUGGGUGCAGCCCAAUUCACUGUUUGUUCUCACAUGUUUUAGUAUAAAUGUAAGUACCCAUAUAUUUAUCAAUUUUCAAUUCCAGUUUGAUUCAGCCUAAAUAUCUUCGGGCUUACCGAAACUGACUAUUGUCUUAGAAAACUAAAAUAUAAUAAUCUGACGAAGGCUAGGGUUUUAUCUGUCUUAUUUUGUGUUGUAUUAAAUUCUUUAUGGUAAAAUAUUAUUAUUUUAGAAUAAGAUCAUACCAAAAUAUUGAAAAAAUCAAAUAUGCAUGAAAAAUUAUAACUUAAGGUCCCUAUAUUAAAUACCAAUUGUCGUUGAUUUUUGAUAAUGAUAAAAAAUGUUAGUAUUGUACUAGGUUAAUAUAUUAGGUAAUAUUUAUGAUUAAUGCCACACCUGUGUGAUAUCUACAGAAAUAAAAACUAUAUUCUUGUUAAAUUAAUUAUGUUAUACGGCUUAAUUACGGUUUGACGAGGUAAGUGGACUGGUUGCAAGCUACGCUAGGGGCUUAAAUUUAUUGUUCGACACACGAUGUUGCUAAUGUCGCGCAGCCAAUAGACAGUUACCGCGCCAAGUGAAUCGUUAACCCGUAAACAUAGUUAAUCUCUCAUGUGAAUAUGUCUCAUGAGAAUUGUAAUACGAGAAAUGUUUUCAUGUUAUUUCCUAGCUAAACACAUUUUCUGAUAUUCGCCACUCUAUUUAAAAUUCCAGAAAUCCAAGGAUAUUAAAUUGAAUAUAUUUCCAUCCAAGAAAACAAUAAUUAAAAUACUUAUUAGAGCUAUUACAUUGUAAACACAACUGAUAUUAAUCAAGGCAUACGUUUAACAUGAUUAUGUCUAUAUAAAAGAACUAUUAUAAAAUAUAAACUCAGCUUGUAUCUCGAGUCUAGCAUAGUGUUCCGUAUACUACACCAAACAUGUAAACACUUGUUUUAAUAAAGACUAAAAGUAUUGUGAUAUUGAGUGUAUAAUUGAAUUAUGUAAGUAUAAUAAUUUGUUUGAUAUGUAUAGAGAUAUGUUAUAAACUUUAUAGGCUAC